AUGACUUCAGGAAAUGGGUCUGACAACUCGGCCACUGUCGCCUUCCUUGGCCCAGUCAACUCCUACACUCAUCGGGCAACGAAAAAUGCCUUCUCAGACCCUAAGUGGACUUUUGCUCCAACAACAACAAUAAAAGAAGUCUUCGACCGUGUCCAGUCCGGCCACGCCCCCUACGGCGUAGUCCCCUUCGAGAACUCAACCCACGGCGCAGUGACCUUCACCCUCGACAGCCUAGCCGACCGGGCAAACGAGUACCCCGACAUUGUCGUGUGCGACGAGGUCUAUCUCGACAUCCACCAUUUCCUGCUCGGCCGACUCCCCGAGGGUUCCUCUUCCUCUUCCUCAUCCUCUGUCUCUCCAGAUAAAGGCGUCCCCCUAACCCCCCUCACCCACCUCCGCCGGGUCUACUCCCACCCCCAAGCCUUCGGCCAAACAGCCGGGUUCCUCCGACGAUACCUCCCCGGCGUCGAGACAGUAGAAGUCAGCUCGACAUCCCGCGCAGCCGAGCUAGCGAAAGCCGAUGAGUCGGGCACGAGUGCGGCGAUUGCGAGUGAGUCGGCGGGCAAAGCGAUUGGGUUGGAUGUGUUGGCGCGGUGGAUUGAGGAUAGGGAGGAUAAUACGACGAGGUUUUUUGUGUUGAGGAGGGGGGAGGGGUGGAAUGGGGGAGGGGUUCCUGGUCGGGAUCAGGACCAGGCAGGGGAGGAGGAGGAAACUGUGGCGGCCGCCGGGCAUAAAUCGCUGGUGUCGUUUACGGUGCCGCAUCGGCGGGCUGGGGCACUGGCGGAUGUGUUGAAUCGGUUUCGGGGGUGGGGGUUGAACUUGACGAGUAUUAGUAGUGUGCCGAGCUUGGAUGGGCCGUUUCAGUAUCUGUUCUUUGUGGAGUUUGAGGGGGGCCGGUUUGAUGACCCCGAGGGACGGGUUGGGGGUGUGUUGGAGGACUUGGAGGGCGUGGCGGAGCGGUGGAGGUGGUUGGGGAGUUGGCGGAACCGGAGAGAGUGA